AUGGCUAAAAAGAAAAGCAAACUGAAAUCUUCUUCUCCAAAACCAAAAGUUUCUUCUGCCAAACCAGUCGAAAUUGACAACCAAUCUAAUAUUGAAACUGUUCAAGAUCCCUCACUUACAUCCCAACAACCAGCGCCGGAAGAGUCAGAGAUCCUUGCAACAUCACCUCUGGAAGAUACUACAGCUACAACAGAAUCAUCACCAGCAAUCACAACAACAACCGAAGCCGAUCCAAUUGAAUUAUCAGUAUUAGACAAUGCCGAACACGCAAUUGAUUCAAGUUCAAUCAAAUCAACUGAAGCAGUUUUAGAAACUUUGGAUAGUGAAUUAAAUACCAUUACUGAUACUAAACCGGAACAACCAACUGAACAAGAAUUGAAUCCAACUUUAGCAAAAUAUAUGCGUAGUUGCCAAGAAGGGAAUUUAACUUUAGUUAAAGAAUUGAUUUCAUCAGGUCAAAUUCUGAUUAAUGAUACAUUUAGUGAUGAAAUUACUGGAUUACAUUGGGCUUGUAUUAAUAAUCGAUUAUCGUUAGUGAAAUUUUUAAUUGAAAAUGGUGCUAAUCCUAAUCAAUUAGGAGGAGAAUUAAAAGCUAGCCCAUUACAUUGGGCAUGUCGUAAUGGUCUUGUAUAUAUAGUUGAUUAUUUAAUCAGAAAUUCUGAUGCUGAUCCUAAUUUACGUGAUUCUCAAACUUAUAAUGCAUUACAUUUAGCUGUACAUUCUUCAAAUAUCAUGUUGGUCAUUUAUUUGUUAUUGAGUUGUUGUAAUCCUGAUUCAAUGAAAAAAAUAUACGUUGAUGAACCCGAUGGAUCAAAUCGAACACCAUUACAUUGGGCCAGUUAUCAAAAUGAUAUUUUUACCAUUAAUGCAUUAUUGAGAUUUGGAGCUGAUGUCAGUAAAGUUGAUAAUAGUUUGUUUAUUCCUUUGCAUUGGGCAUUUAUGAAAGGUUAUAAAUCAGUGUUAAAGGCAUUGGUAGAAGCUGGAUCCGAUAUAUUUGUCAAAAAUGAUCAAAAUAAAAAUUCAUUUGAUAUAGCUAAAGAUAUGAAUUGUUCUAAUACUUGGGAAAAAGUUUUACUUGAAACUGGUAGAGAUCCUAAAAAAAAUUGGGCUCCUAUUAAACCUUGGGUAUCAGUCAAAUUAGGUAAAGUUAUUACAUUUUUAACUCCAUAUUUUUUAUUACCACUUCUGUUUAAUGUUUUAUCAAUGGGUCAAGGAUAUAUAAUACCUAAAUUGAUAUUAUCAAUUGGAAUAUUAGCAGGGGGGGUUUAUUUGUUAAACAAAUUAGUGAUUUCUCAAUACAUAUUUGAUGAUAAAAAAUUAGCCAAAUCACCAAUUUUAGCAGGGGUAUUUUCUGCUACAGCGUUUUGGAGUGUUUUGGUUUGGUUAUACAAUAUUUUACCAACUACAUUUAUUCAUAAUUUUUUCGCUAAUAUUAUUAUGGCCGCCCUCAUUGGAGUUUUCAGUUGGUCAUUUUUUAAAGCCAUGUUCAUUAACCCUGGAUAUGUUCCUACUCCUGCUGACAACAAUGUGAUAUUAUCUCAAGUGGCUCAAUUAAUAGAAUUGGGUCAAUUUGAUACUGAUCAUUUCUGUGUUAAUAGUUUUGUCAGGAAACCAUUGAGAUCAAGAUAUUCAAAACAUAAUAAAAAACUUAUAGCUAGAUUUGAUCAUUCUUGUCCAUGGGUAUAUAAUGAUAUUGGGGUUAGAAACCAUAAAAUUUUCAUUACAUUUGUCUAUUCAUUGAACAUGGCAGUAUUUGUGUUUUUAUAUUUAUCAUUAGAAUAUUUCGAUAAAGUUAAAGAUAAGUACGAAUCUGAUGAUGAAGAAGAUGGAUUUGCUUGUUCAAUUUUAGGAGAUGACAUGUGUUAUGGAUAUAAAAAUCAUCAUUUCCAUUUCAAUUUAUUGAUAUGGGAUUUAUUCCAAUGUGUAUGGAUUUCAUUUUUAUGUAUUGUUCAAACAUUUCAAAUCCUUAAAGGUUUAACUACAUGGGAAUUUAGUUCAUUAAACAAACAAAUACAAACCAAUCGAUUCAAUCAUUCUACUGUUCCUAGAGAUUUUGAAGCUGGUGAAGGGAUUUCAUUAGAUCAAAAUCAACCAUCAGAAUCAUUAGAAGGUCAACAUAGACAUCAUCAUAAUGAAUUUCAAACAUGUAUGAAUUUAUUAGGUAUUGAUCAAUUCAUAUUGACUUUGAAAAUGAGUAUAGGUUCCCUUUUUAAUCAUCAUGGGAACAAUACUAGAUAUGAUCCAUUGACUUCAUUGCAUAUUCCUACUGAUCAUGGAAUUAAACAAAAUUGGUUAGAUUUUUGGAUUAUCGGUGAAGAGAAAUGGAGAAAUGUGUUUUAUUUGCCUAUUGAUGGUGAGAAUAAUUUAAAUGGGAAAGUGGUAGAUUAUUAUACUUUAUAUAGUUACCAUUGA